GCGACCGUGUGUCGCUGGUGGGGUCCUGGGCGUGGGCCAUGCAGGCUCCAUAUUUAAAGGGUGACGCGGAGCCGAAGAUGCUCAGAGUUAAGUGGCGGCGGUCGGGGGAGGGAGUGUCUGCGGCGCGGCCCCGGCUCUGACAGCGCACACAGGCAGCCGGCUCCCGGCUCCGCUCCCGCACUGCCCGCUGCUUGUGGGGAAGGGCUGGCCCGUUCCUUCCCCCCUCCCUCACUCCCCGACGUCAGCCAUGAAUAUCGUGGCGGAGUUUUUCGUUGUCACUUUCAAAGUGCUCUGGGCUUUCGUGUUGGCCGCUGCGCGGUGGGUGAUCAAGCCCAAGGAGAAGAGCGUGUGCGAUCAGGUGUGCCUGAUCACGGGGGCGGGCAGCGGGCUCGGCCGGCUCUUCGCGCUGGAGUUCGCCCGGAGGAAAGCCGUCCUGGUGCUGUGGGACAUCAACCAGCACAGCAAUGAGGAGACGGCCGAGAAGGUCCGGCAGCUGGGCGCCCGGGUCCACACUUACACUUGCGACGUGAGCAAGAGGGGCAGCGUCUACAGGACGGCCGACUUGGUGCGAAGGGAGAUCGGCGACGUGUCGGUGCUGGUCAACAACGCAGGUGUAGUGUCCGGGCACCAUCUCCUUGAAUGUCCCGAUGAACUUAUCGAGAGGACCAUGAUGGUCAACUGCCACGCACACUUUUGGACUACCAAGGCAUUUCUUCCCAAGAUGCUGGAAAUGAACCAUGGACAUAUUGUAACAGUGGCAAGCUCCCUAGGGUUGUUCAGCACUGCUGGUGUUGAGGAUUACUGUGCAAGCAAAUUUGGAGCAAUAGGAUUUCAUGAAUCCUUAAGCCACGAGUUGAAGGCAACUGACAAAGAUGGGAUCAAGAUGACACUAGUUUGCCCCUAUUUGGUGGACACAGGCAUGUUCCGUGGCUGCAGAAUAAGGAAAGAAUUUGAGCCCUUCCUUCCGCCUUUGAAACCAGAGUACUGUGUGAAAGAAGCUAUGAGAGCCAUACUCACAGACCAGCCAAUGAUUUGUACACCUCGACUAAUGUACACUGUAACAUUUAUGAAGAGCAUUAUGCCAUGGGAAGCUGUCGUAUGCAUGUACCGUUUCCUGGGUGCAGACAAGUGCAUGUAUCCAUUUAUUGCGGAGAGAAAACAGGCUUUGAACAACAACGAAGCCAAAAAUGAAAUCUAAAGCAAAACUGAUCACUGCAUCCAUUGGGACACCUUGGAAGUGAAUGCAAUAUUUAGCUCGCCAACAUCUCCAUACAACUCAAUGACAAGCAUUUGCAGUGAUUAGUUGGUUGAACUUAUUGCAAAUGGCUGUGAAACUUCAGCUUUCUAUGAUCACUGUGGAUAAAUGGUUACUGUACCUGUGUAUUAAGUCACAAGAUAAAUGUAUUAUGCAUUAUGCCAAUCUUUUUAAUUUUUCUAGUGAUUAGACUUGUUAAUGUCAACUGAGCAAACCAAGAUUUUGAUAAGUUUAACAUUUUACCUACUCAUCGAUGCCAUUGUGUGUUUGAUGUUAGAGCUGUAUUGUACAUUGUGUUGAACUAGAGAUUGGAUAAAAAAGUACUUUAGAAUAUUCCACAUAACUUUUUAAAUAGUAAAUGCACUGUAAUUAUUGACAACUUUUCUUGGUCCACCUGAAGUACUUCUGUAAGUCCUUGAUUAUACCAAUUAUAGCAUUGUUACUUGUAAAGCACUGCAAAUUUCUCCCAACUAAUUUUGCAGAGCAAAUGUUCAGCACAAGGAACACUUUUUUUAGGAAAAUCUUAUUGGUGUGCCUUUUUAAUCCAGUUUAAUUAUUGUCCUAAUUUCUGUGGAUUAGUGGUCCAUUUUUUUUAAAAAGCCUGAAAUUUCUACCUCCUUUGUAUAUCUAUUUGUAGAACACCUAAAUUUAACAUCAGAAAUUAUAAAAGUAAUGUCUUUGUGAAUCUUGUGUCACUACUUUUAUAUGAAGACCAAUGUCUGUAGUUUUUGGUAAUGUAGCUAAUUGUAAAAGUUUUUAAUUAAAAUGUGAUUGUUAGAUGCA